AUGGCCGAAGAUGCUAGGCAGGGACGAGCGGCGUGGACCACGGUCUGGAUUGUGGCUGACCUUGGUUUGGUGCAGAAGUGGGCCGUGGAGCUACCUCAAGAGCGCGCGCAGCGGCGCCACAGCAAUUGCUACGUGGGCGGGGCUCGGAAAGCCGCAACUGAUUGGAGCGGGAAGCCAGGGAUUUUGUCUGCAGCGUCCAAGGAGCGUCUGUCUCGGCCGCCGCCCUCCCCCCACCCCAGAGCAAUCCCGCGGCCGCGCUCGGGCGCGCGCCCUCCAGCCACACGCAUCCGCACACGCAGGCUCCCGGCGCUCCCACGCGCGCAACCACUCUCGCGGCCGCCGCCCACGCAGCCGCGUGCUCUCGGCGCGCGGGUUGGGGGUGGCUGCGCGGCACCCGUGGAGGCGGCUCCCGGCACUUGGAUGAGCUCUCAGAGGAUGCUGCGGCGCGGGGCGCGUCGCCCCCCUCAGUCCACCAGAGCCCGGAUACCUCAGAAAUUCGGCUCUGGGUCUGUGGGGAGCGAAAUGCAACCCAAACCCCAUUUUACUGAACCCUGCGCAAAUAAAACUCGCACAAGCACGCACACAGACGCCGCCGCGGCCCGCCGGGGAAGAGUCCGGCACCCGGGAGGGGCCGCCGUUCGAGAUCGGCCGCUAAAAGGCGGUUGAACUUGCGUCCUCUUCUCUGCCCUUUCUCCUCUUGUGAGCGGCUUUUGCAGCCGUUCCACCACUAGCCGCUCGCGCCGGGUACGCCCGCCCCACGCCUGGCUUCCUCAGCUGGGUGGGUCAGGCCAGCUCUCGGCGGAGCCUGAUCCAGGAACUGCGAGGAGCCGCUCCGGGCGGCGGCCAAGCCAGAUCUCGCGGUUUCGGCCCAAAGGUGGUCCGGUCUCGGGUGUUCCGAGGAGCUGCCCACACGCUCCAGGGCUCACACCCCUUUGCCCUGGUCCGCGACCGAGACCGCGACUGCUAGGGAAGGAGGGCGAGGAAAGGAUGAGAAAACACGCCUACACCGUGAUCUGCGCGGUGCUGGCUGGUUGCCUUUCCAGCCCAGAAGGCUUCAAAAUUGUCACGUACCGGAACCCCCAGUGGGAUCCUGUCAGAUAUGCAGAUUUCCGGGCCUCACCGCGGAGCUCAGUUCAGCUGACUGGGGACCGGGCCCAGGAAUCUGCAUUUCUGAUAAGAAUACCCGCUGUUCUUCCCCAAGAUUCGAGUGCGAAGAGCUCCGAGGUCCAUUCUGCCGGUGAGCAUCUGCAGGCAGGGAUCGCUAUCUUGUCUCUCCUCCCCUGACAACACAUGGGUUUGCAUGAGAGUUGGGUUCCUUCUUACGCAAUGCGAAUCAAUGAAUGAAUGAAUGGGAUUUUCAAAAUUCAUUGUUAACAAACUCUGCUG